AUGAGGGCAUUUAAUUUUUCUGAGAACCUUACGGUCUUCUCUUUGGAGAGAAUGGUUUUAAGAAUGCAGCUUGCCAUCUCCUACACACACAGACCCCGAAAAGAUGGGACAAUUCUUGGAACGUGGCCCACAGAAGUUCUGCACGACGGCAGCCCCCUCUCCUUCCCAGCAGCAGCAAGACACCACUGGGGCAAGAGCAUGGCGCCUUCUGCCCAGGCUCUAACGCAUGCCUGCAGAAUAACAAUCUGCUCUCGGAUGGAAGUCAGGAAGUGGCAAAGCCGCCCAUCUGGAUUGAAUACAGUUCGGGACAGUAGUCUGUGCACCGUGAGGCAGAUAACGUUUUGCAGAUUUAAGAGACAGUCGAAUCUGAUGCAUGUGGAUGCAAGCUACUGGUGGAAAGCCAGGAGCAGACCCUUUGAAUGGACCUGGAUUUAUGGGAACUACUCAGGAGCUUUUUCUCAAGGAUGCCAUGGGGAUGGAACAUUGAAGGCCCCUCCUGAUCCCUGCCUCCAGAAAUUUAUGCCCCGCUGUAGUCACUUCCUACAAUCCACGGCAUCACGAUUGGUCCGUGCAACAAAAGAUUGUGGCAGAAGUGAUGUAGGCCCCCCGACACCAGUCUUUGCUCCCACCUCAAACAAAAAAACCUUUUUUGAGGCGUCAACUCCUCAGCACUUUCUGAAGGGAGAAAAAGAACAGCAAGAAGCAACUGAACAUAUUGAUGAAGUACAAAAUGAAAUAGUUAACGAACAAGCCAGUGAGGACAUUUUGAAAGUAGGACAGAAAUACAACAAACUCCAUCAACCGUCCUUUAAGCAGAGGUCCAGUUGAUGCCCCAAUCCCAAAGUUUUAGUUAAAAUAUUUGUCAACCACGCACAAGUGUCUGCACUGUUUGGGGAGGAGGAUGAAGAGGUGCUGCAUUUUUCGACAAGAGUUGAAGUGACAGAAUUUGAGGGUAUUAAAUCAGGUUACAAAAUAGAUUUUUAUUUUGAGGAAAACCCUUACUUUGAAAAGAAAAUUCCAUCCAAAGAAUUUUGUCUGAAUGAGAGUGGUAAUUCAUCUUCAAAGUCCACUGAAAUCAAAUGGAAAUCUGGAAAGGAUGUGACCACACGUUCAAGUCAAGUGCAGAAUGAAGCCAGCAGGAAGAGACAGCAUGAGGAACCAGAGAGUUUCUUCACCUGGUUUCCUGACCAUUCUGAUGCAGGUGAAGAUGAGUUAGGAGAGGUCAUCAAAGAUGAUAUUUGGCCAAAUCCAUCACAGUACUACUUGGUUCCCAACAUGGAUGAUGAAGAAGGGGAAGGAGAAGAAGAAGAAGAUGAUGAUGAUGAGGGGGAAGAAGGAGAACAUGACUAA